AUGGCGGCCGCACGCUCUGGGCCGCUGCUACCGCAGCUGCUACUGCCUCUCGUCGUCUGCGUCCUCUGCUCCCUCUCGACGCCGGGCGCCGCGCAAAAGACCAAAGAGGUGACGGAGCAAGUGCAGCAGCUGAUGGAGUGGACGGUGCGACGCUCGGUCAUCCGCCUCAACGGGGACAAGUUCCGGCGCUACGUGAAGGCGCCGCCGCGGAACUACUCGGUGGUCAUCAUGUUCACGGCCCUCGAGCCUCAGAGGCAGUGCGGGGUCUGCAAGCACGCCAACGAGGAGUUCCAGAUCCUGGCAAACUCGUGGCGGUAUUCGGGGUCCUACUCCAGCCGGCUCUACUUCAUGGUGGACUUUGACGAGGGCUCGGACGUCUUCCAGCAGCUGAACAUGAACUCGGCCCCCACCUUCAUGCACUUCCCGGCCAAGGGCCGCCCAAAGCGAGCCGACACCUUUGACCUCCAGCGCAACGGCAUCAUGGCCGAGCAGCUGGCCAAGUGGAUCAGCGACCGCAGCGAGGUCACGAUUGAUCGUAUCGAUCGGUGA